AGGUCACCUAGUCAAGUUACUGACCAAUUUUAAAUCUCUAAGCCGAUUAGUAUAUAAAGGCUGAACGAGAUGUCUAAUUAUCAUUCAAUCAUUGGAUAUUGAAGAUACAUAAACAAAAUAAUGAUUUCCAAAAUUGUUGUACUGUGUGCCUUUGUGGCAGUCUCGCAGGCCGGUCUCUUGGCUGCGCCCGUGCACUACUCUCCCGCUGAGGCUGUUUCCUCCCAAAGCAUCGUACGUCAUGAUCAGGCUCACGGCACUAAGCUUGUAGCUCCCGUUGCCAAGCUCGCCAUUGCCGCACCCGUUGCAUACCACGCUGCUCCAGCUCCGAUCGCCUACCACGCUGCCCCCGCUCCCAUCGCCUACCAUGCCCCCAUCGCCAAAGUGCUAGCUCACCGUGAAGACCAAGAAAUCGCUUAUCCAAAAUACGAGUACAACUACUCAGUAGCUGACGGUCACUCCGGCGACAACAAGUCCCAACAAGAGAUCCGCGAUGGUGAUGUUGUAAAGGGUUCAUACUCCUUCCACGAAGCUGACGGCUCUAUCAGAACUGUUGAGUACACCGCUGACGACCACAACGGUUUCAACGCGGUCGUCCACAACACUGCCCCUACCGCUGCCCCCACACACAUCAAGGCUUUGCCUGCACUCCAAUACUACCAUCACUAAAUUAUUUAGAAAUGUAGGACUGUUAUAACUCUAAUGACUGUUGAUUAUUUAAUUUAUUAU